AUGAUCUUCUUUUCGGUAUUCAAGUCGCUGGUUAACCAGGAAAUCACUGUUGAACUUAAAAAUGAUCUCUCCAUCCGGGGGACUCUCAAAUCAGUAGACACUUAUCUCAACCUGAAACUUGACAAUAUCACCACUUUGGAUGAUGGCAACUACCCUCAUCUGAACUCUGUCAGAAACAUCUUCAUUAGAGGCUCCGUCAUCAGAUAUGUCCACCUUCCAGCUUCUGCAAUCGAUACAACUCUGCUCGAGGAUGCUACCCGUCGCGAGGCUUUACUGCAGGCCGGUACCCCCGUUUCUGGGCACUAG